UUCAAUGGCCAACACAAACCAACCCGUCCGGGCUUGCGUAAUAAAAGUCGAUUUAAAGUGUUGUUCAGGUUGCCUAAACAGAGCAAAAACAAAGCUACAGAGUCUCCCCGGCGUGACCGCAGCGGAGUAUAACGUAAAAAAAGGGCUCAUGACAGUCACAGGCGACGUCGACCCUAUGACUCUCGUUCAUAAACUUACAAAACCGAAAAGAAAAACAGAGCUUGUGUCUGUAAAUUACAUGCCUGAUGAAGAUCUCACCAGUGAUGGAGAUGAAGAUGAAGACGACACUUCUUCUUCUGAUGACACUAGUUCAAAUCCUGAUCCUAGACCCAUGGAACGUGCACCCCAAGUAAAUACGAGGCCCACUAUAAAGAAGAAGGAAAGGAUGGUAAGAAAGUAUCUUCUGUUAGGGUGUUUACGCAGCAAACCAAAGGUUGUUCAGCCUUUCCCAUUGGCAAAGCGAAUGUUCGGCUCAACAAGGUUUGGGAAUGGUGGUUCUGAUCAUGGCGGCUAUGGCAAUGGUUUAGCCAAUGCUAGGCGACCUCCACCUCCGUUUCAUGGACCAAUGAAUCUACAACAACAAUAUCAUAUGAUGAUGCAACCACGACUACCUCCACCACAAUUUCAAAUGAAUGGAGCACCGCCAAUGCAUAUGAUCCAGCAGCAGUCAGGUCCACCACAAAAUAUACCAUAUCAUUGGCAAAUAGAUCCACAAUACAAAGCUAUGUUCCCACAGCCACAGCCACUGAAACCUGAUCCGAAAAUGUUGGUCAACAAUGGUAUACAUUACUCCAACAAGUGA